AUGGACACCGAGACUGGCGACACUCCGACAGCGUCGACGAGCCGUUAUGCGGACCCAGCCUUGGCUGGCGAGGCGAGUGGUGCGGCAGGCCCGUCCCGCCAGCCACCUAUGGCAAAUCGGCGAACGAAGAGUGUCGCCAAGAAGACACGUUGUCGCUUCCUGACGACAAGCGACGGCUUACCGUCGUUGACGGUAGCGCGUGUUUUGGACGUGGGAGGGCCGCAAACACCCUCACCCACCUCCACCAAGACCACACAAGCCGCCGCCAGAGGACCUGAGGACGACUCCAGCAACGGCGCCCCGAUGGUCCGCAAAAAUGGGGGCGCAACAGCUACGACGGAGGCCGACAAACACCUCCAAUUUCUGAUGGGGCUCAUCCCUGGAGCUCAAAAAUCGGGAAACCAGGCAGAAAACCCGGCUCUGAAGCGCUCCAGCCGGAAGCGUCGUGCUGAUACACUGCACGAUGCGUCCGCAAAGCGCCCGGCCGCCGGCACCUCCAGCAGCGCACCGGAAAUGCGCACUAAGCAGAAGACGUCACGGAAGGGGACCAGGACCCCGCCCGAGACGGAUGAAGACGGGUUUACAAAGCCCACAAGGAAGCACACGGCCAGGGCGGUCGUGCUAACAGUGGCAGCAGACGGAGUGAACACUGCCAACCGAUACAGCGGCCUCCCUGACGCAGCAGCGGAGGCGACCGACGCUGAGCAGCAGAAGAGGACGCCCCCUCCCCCGCCGGUUGUCAUCCGGUGGGAGGGCGCCUUCAAAGAAUUCGAAACGAUGAUCAAGCAGGUGGUGAAGGGCAGCUUCACAACGCGGACGGCAGACCGCGACCUGUACCGCGUCAUCACGCGCACCGCGGACGGCUAUCGUGGUGUAACGGAACUGACGAGGCAGGCCUUCAAGAGAGCAGCGGCCAGGGGGCGACCUGCGCCUUCCAGGCCUGUGCAAGCGGGCAAAAGUUUCGCGGCGGCUGCCGCUGCAUCUGCGGCACCGAUGACGAGACCGGCCCAGAGACCACCCGCCCACCCCGCGGACGUCCAUGGGAGCGGACGGCGGAGAGAGCAAGCAGCGCCUGCGGGCGCAGCAUCCGAGGUCCAGGGGCGCGGACGGCGCAGAGAGCAGCCAGCGCUGACCGGCGCUCCGCCAGCUGCAGAGUCCACGCCAGCCAGGGCAGAAAACCGGCGUGGUAGACGCGGAGGGCGGCCAAACGACGCCCCCACCGCUUCGACGCCCGCCGAGCAAGUCCUGCCUCCACCGACGCAGACGACAGAGACGCCAGCUGCGCCCAGCGAAGCUGCAGAGCUGCGUGAAUUCGAGCAGCUCAUACUGCAGCUUCCGCAGAUGAUUGUAUCUGCUCUGACUACGGCCAGCCAGGCCGCCACCACACGUGCAGCCCUCGCCCCUCAUCAUGGCUAA